CUGCGACCUGCCACCAACGACAUCGACACUUUGUACUGGUACCAACCCUCAGUAACCAAGCUGCUCAUCUGAGACAUCAUGUUCGCCGCUCGUCAACUAUCCCUAGCGCGCCCUGUUGCAGGCUGCCGCCUUUUCCAUGCAUCUGCUCCUACCCUCGUUAAAGUAGGAGACAAGCUUCCCAAUGUCGAGCUUAUGGAAAACUCGCCUGGCAACAAGGUCAACAUCGCCGAAGAGCUGAAGAGUGGUAAAGGUCUCAUCAUUGGAGUUCCAGCGGCUUACUCACCGGCUUGCUCUGAGAACCAUAUCCCUGGAUACAUCAACUCUGCCAAACUCAAAGAUGCUGGAAAGGUCUUCGUUGUUUCUGUCAACGACAGCUUUGUCAUGAAAGCAUGGGGCAAGACGUUGGACCCAACAGGCUCAAGCGGUAUUCGCUUCCUCGCCGACCCCAGCUUAGCCUUCACUAAAGGCCUUGAUCUUUCCUUCGACGGUGCCUCCGUCUUUGGCGGCGAUCGCUCCAAGCGUUACGCUCUUGUCAUCGAGGAUGGCGCUGUGAAGGAGGCGCAUGUCGAGUCAGACAACACUGGGUUGAAUGUCUCUGCCGCAGACAAGGUCUUGUGAUCAUUCCCUGACCCCGCCUGGUUAUCAUCUCGCUUUCUCUCAAUGAGCUUCGGAUGCGUCGGCGCAGGUACCAGUAAUUUCAAGAUAUAACACAACCGCGACUAGCCGAGGUACGAUAAAACAUUCGUCGAAGAUAAAUCUUAUCGAACAACAUGGAACUGAGAGGCUUACAAUACUGCUCGAACGGCUGCGCUUAGUUGCUCUCUGCCAAAAAUGACACUGUUUUGCUCUUAGCAACAGCCUCCAUGGUGACUUCGAAGCACAUUCAACCCUCAAGUUAUCGAAAUUUUCCUACUCAGGUUGGUCAAUACUGU